AUGUGGUCGGAGGCGGCCCUGGUGACCCUCGUGGCCUCUCUGCUCCUGUCCAUCCUGCCUGCGCCCUCGGCAGGCGCUCUGCGGGAAAACCUGAGCUCCCUGGACUCCUCCCACCUCCCCCUGAUAUUUGGGGUCCCCCUGAACCCCGAGGGCCUGCGGGGCUACGUGAUGUUGGCCAAGCCCGCCAACGCCUGCCGGCCCGUUGAGGCCCCGGACAACCUCUCGCUGCUCCGGCCCUACGCCCGCGGGCUGGACGGCCGGGGGCUCCGGGCGUGCGAGGACCCGCAGGGCCGGGCGGCCGUCCCGUCGGUGUUCGCGGGCAACGCCCCGGACCCGAAGCCGCUGGGGCGCCGCCGCGGAACGGAGGCGAAGACGCAGACGCGCGGGCGGGCGGAGGUGCGGACGUUCACGCGGCUCGGAGACAGGUGCGCCAUCUGCCUGGACGACUACGAGGAGGGCGAGCAGCUGAAGGUCCUGCCCUGCUCGCACGCCUACCACCGCCGCUGCCUCGACCCCUGGUUCUCGCGCGCCGCGCGGCGCUGCUGCCCGCUGUGCAAGCGGUCGGUGGCCAGCACUUGGGACGGCUCCAGCAGCACCGCCGACAGCCUCGCCGACGACGACGCGUCGCUGCCCGGACGCCGGACGCCCGUCUGGUCCAUCCAGGCUCGGCUGCGCCUGCGCAGGCUGCAUCUGCUGGUCGGGCCCGGGCCCUCCAGCUGCUCCAGCGCCACGUCGUCGGGUGGCUCCGAGAACGUGACAUCCUCCGAGGGGUUCCCAGAGCCCUCCUGA